AUGUUGGCUAACGGUCAAGAGGUGGAUAUUUGGUAUCAACCGUGGAUACCGUGGAUGGACUAUGUUGAAUUUAGGACUGUCAUGGAAGAAGUCCGUGUCCGGGCGCCAAAUCUAAGGACUGUAGCUGACCUCCUUCGAGGAUCACCCUUGGAAUGGCGAAAGGAGUACGUUUUGUACUUGUUUGGUCGAGAGAAGGGAGAAAGAAUACUUUCAAUUUCUUUGUCUAAUCGGUUGGGGAGAGAUACUUUAAUUUGGAAGGAGGCUCGGGAUGGAAAGUUUAGUGUAAAAGGGGCUUAUUGGUUUGAGCAGCAGGGAAGAUUCAAUAGCAACAAUGAGAUUUGGAGAUUGACAUGGGAUGGGAAGAUGCAUCCGAGACAGAGUAUUUUCUUGUGGAGAUUGUGUGUAGGGGCCCUGCCGACUAAAGAUAAAUAUGCAGGGGAGAGUAAUCAGGAGUGUGUGUUGUGUGGCUUUUGUUGCGAGUCGGCUGACCAUUUAUUUAUGCAGUGUCCUUUGUCGAGGGCUUUAUGGCUUGGUGCCCCUCUGCCUGUAAAAUCGAAUGAGGUCUCUGGCGAGAAUUUGAUGAUGAAGGUGCUAACUCUGGUGAAGGGUCUGUCUAAGGACCUGCGUCUUCAGGCCAUGGUGAGUUUCGCAGCAGUGUGCGACACGGUGUGGAAUCAGAGAAACGCAAUCAUUCAUGGGGGGAAGUGUGGGGAUAUUCCUAGUCUGCUAACGGAAGUGUGGAGGAAAUUUGUUGAUUUUGGAGGGGACAAGGUAGGAGAGGUCUCGGAUUCCAGGAGUCAUUUGGUGACAAGGCCUUUGGUUCCUAAGGAAGGCUCCUCAAGCCUUGAGGCAGAGAUGAGUGCCAUUGGUCUAGCUGUGGAGGUAAUCGUUCAGAAGGAGUGGGUUGGUGCAGUGAUUCUCUCGGAUUGCCAAGUAGCAGUCACAGCUUUUGCUAAAAGGAAAUGUCCGGAUUGGAAAUUGACUGAUAAAUUUCUACAUAUUCUGGACCAGAUGUCGAAAUGCAGGGACUGCAAAUUAGUGUUUGUUAAGAGAGAUUUCCUGACUUUUGUUAAUAGCUUGGCUGUUCAAGCCAGGAAUGAAAGGCUAUGUAAGACCUUUUGUAUUGGGGAAGGAUUGCCCCUGUCAAUCCUAGUUUUCUGGUUUAAUCAAUGA